GAAUCGGAGAGACACAAACUAUUCUUAGACUCCUUAGUGUCGUUCUCCAUUCUACUCCUGUAAGAAUGCAUAUCAAGUAACAAAGUUACUUGGUUAUUCUUUAUAUUUUGGUGUAUGGAGUAUUAGUUUUAUUUUCGAGGAUAGAAAACAUGGGGGCUAGAACUGAACAUUGAUGGUAAGUACCAAGUAUGUGAAGAAUGUAGACCUCCUAAUUAGUUUCUAAUAUAUUUAUUUGACUUUGGGCUGGGUAUGGAAAAUGGGAAGAAUAUAAAGCUGAUUAGUAACAUCUAGCUACUUCAAAUGAUGAGUUUCCCUUUGAAAUUCUCCAUUCUUAACUUGUUUCUCUUAUAGAUUGCAUGAUUAUGUGUUGGUUAUUAGUAGAUAAAUAAAAAACAUAGUUUUGACAUUUUUUGUUCCUUUGAUAUCUCAAAUCGGCCAAACAAACUAGAAGUGCUGGCAGGAAAAGAUUGGUAUGUUUAUGCUACCAUAUUAAGACGUUUUUAUUUUCUAGGUUUUUUUGAACUUGCAUGGUACCAUCUAUUUUUCAGAUUUUGCAAUAUAAUUAUCAGUGAAGAUUCGUGUAGUUCUCUUAUAAUGCUAUAUAAUUACCACAAUACAGUGCACUCAGUUUAUUAUUUCUUGAUGAAAAGUGAGUGAUAUAGCCACUUUAUUUGGAGGUUUUUACCCAAGAUAUCAUGUACCUGAAAUACUAAGAUAGUAUGAAUCAAUACAUGGAUAUUGAAGGCUAUACUCUGAAAUGCAAUCUCACUACAUAAUUGACUCAUGAAAAAUCUGUUUUCUUAUUACAUGAUUCUGUUUAGUAGAAUCUAUGGUUUUAAGGUCGUAGUAGUUUUACGAUCGUAUACUUGAAGUUCUGGUCUGAUUCAGGAUCACUAUUUUAACAACCUUGUGUGGUUAAUUUGCAGGAUCGUGAUAACUAUUGGAAGAUGAUGCACAAGUACAUAGGUUCAGAUGUUACAUCACUUGUGACACUUCCAGUCAUAAUUUUUGAGCCAAUGACAAUGCUUCAGAAAAUGGCUGAGUUGAUGGAAUACUGUGAGUUGUUAGACAAAGCAGAUGAAUGUGAGGAUCCAUACAUGCGUAUGGUUUAUGCUUCUACAUGGGCUGUUUCGGUAUACUUCGCAUAUCAGCGCACAUGGAAGCCUUUUAAUCCGAUCCUUGGAGAGACUUAUGAGAUGGUUAACCACCAGGGCAUUACAUUUCUUGCCGAGCAGGUAAGCCAUCAUCCCCCAAUGGGUGUUGCUCACUGUGAGAAUGAGCAUUUUACUUAUGAUAUCACGUCUAAGGUGAAGUCAAAGUUCUUGGGAAAUUCAUUGGAAAUCUAUCCAGUUGGAAGGACUAGAGUGACACUUAAAAAAUCUGGUGUCGUGUUGGAUUUGGUGCCACCACUAACAAAGGUUAACAACCCGAUAUUUGGGCGUACUUGGGUUGAUUCUCCUGGAGAGAUGGUUAUGACAAACCUGACAUUCAGAGACAAAGUUGUGUUAUAUUUCCAACCAUGUGGCUGGUUCGGCGUUGACAAACCUGACAACCGAACAAGCAGGUCUGCAGCGGCCCUGACGGCGUCAGCACUAGGAAUGUCGGGCAGCACUGUAGCACCUCCGCGACGCGGUCGUGGUCCAUGGCCGCGCAGCUCCGGGAAGUGGCUCACGCACUGCCUGUCUAGCGGGAGCUACUCUAGCUUCCGGACACCAACUCCAGCGCCCCUGUAUGGAACAAGUCCACCCUCACUGUCUGACAGCGAGGUGAGAAUCUGA